AUGAACGUGGUUUACUGAGGCCCCUGCCAUUCAUGGCUCUUAGUAAGGAUUUUCCACGUGAACAAACUGUGAUUACACGGGCAGAGAAAGGUUAAGGAUCAGGUUACCCAUCCCCUCCUAGCUGACUUCAGGUAGUUUGAUAGGGCGAGGACAGAUUAUCUCUUGGAGCAUGCACCUAGGGAGGAGGGGCAGAGGGAAAGAGAACAAACAGAAGAGCAAGAGAAUUGGAUCCCUCCUCUUACUUCUUCCUAGGCCCACAGCCAGUGAGUCUGGUGCACUAAGACGCAAAGAUCCCUUAGCCGGGCGCAGGGCAAGCAGCCCAGGCUGAGAUCCGCGGCUUCUGUGGAAGUGAGCAUGGCUGGGCAGCGCGUGCUGCUUCUGGUGGGCUUCCUUCUCCCUGGGGUCCUGCUCUCAGAGGCCGCCAAAAUCCUGACAAUAUCUACACUGGGUGGAAGCCAUUAUCUACUGUUGGACCGGGUGUCUCUGAUUCUUCUAGAGCAUGGUCAUAAUGUGACCAUGCUUCUUCCGAGUGAAAAGCGUUUAGCUGCAGAUACUAAAGACAAGGAAAAAUCAUACCAAGUUAUCAGGUGGUUUCCUCCUGACGAUUAUCAAAAAAUAAUUAAGGAUCGUUUCAAUAACUACAUAGAAAAAGCAUUGGAUGGCAGAAAAGAAUCUGAAGGCCUUGUACAGUUAAUGGAAAUAUUUGGGACUCAAUGUAGUUAUUUGCUAAGCAGAAAGGACAUAAUGGAUUCCUUAAAUAAUGAGAACUUUGAUCUGGUAUUUGUUGAAGGAUUUGAUUUCUGUUCUUUCCUGAUUGCUGAGAAGCUUGAGAAGACAUUUGUGGCCAUUCUUCCCACAUCCUUUGGCCCUUUGGAAUUUGGGCUACCAAGCCCUUUGUCUUAUGUUCCAGUAUUCCAUUCCUUGCUGACUGAUCACAUGGACUUCUGGGGCCGAGUGAAGAAUGUUCUGAUGUUCUUUAGUUUCUCCACGAUCCAAUGGCGCAUACACUCUACAUUUGACAACACCAUCAAGGAGCAUUUCACAGAAGGCUCUAGGCCGGUUUUGUCUCAUCUUCUACGGAAAGCAGAGCUGUGGUUCGUUAACUCUGACUUUGCCUUUGAUUUUGCCCGGCCCCUGCUUCCCAACACUGUUUAUGUUGGGGGCUUGAUGGAAAAACCUAUUAAACCAGUUCCACAAGACUUGGAGAACUUCAUCGCCAACUUUGGGGAUGCUGGGUUUGUCCUUGUGGCCUUUGGCUCUACGUUGGACAUUUAUGAGUCUGAAGAAGUCCUCAAGAAUAUGCACAGUGCCUUUGCUCACCUCCCUCAAGGGGUGAUAUGGAAGUGUCGGAGUUCUCAUUGGCCUAAAGAUGUUCAUUUGGCCACAAAUGUGAAAAUCAUGGACUGGCUUCCCCAGAGUGACCUCCUGGCUCACCCCCGUAUCCGUCUUUUUGUCACUCAUGGCGGGCAGAACAGCGUAAUGGAGGCCAUUCGACAUGGUGUGCCCAUGGUGGGAUUACCAGUCAAUGGAGACCAGCAUGGAAACAUGGUCCGGGUAGUAGCCAAAAAUUAUGGUGUCGUUAUGCAGUUGAAUCAGGUCACAGCUGACACACUGGCACAUAAGAUGAAACAAGUCAUAGAAGACAAGAGGUACAAGUCGGCAGUGGCGGCAGGCAGUGUUAUUCUGCACUCUCAGCCCCUGAGCGCCAAACAGCGGCUGGUGGGCUGGAUCGACCACAUCCUCCAGACCGGGGGGGCGGCGCACCUCAAGCCCUAUGCCUUCCAGCAGCCUUGGCAUGAGCAGUACCUCAUCGACGUCUUUAUGUUUCUGCUUGGGCUCACUCUAGGCACUGUGUGGCUUUGUGGGAAAUUGCUGGAACCUGGCAUAGUGUCUGGAACAAAUACUGCUGGGACAACUGGAUAUUAUUUAGAAAAAAGGCAAUAUUUGAUCCAAGCUUACAUCAUAUUAAAAACUGAAUUCCAAUACACUGGAGAUCUAAGUACAAAAAAUCAUAUUAUGCUGAGUCUCAGAGAAAAAGUGAAUUUUUCCAUAGCCUGUGUGUAGGGAAAGACUGUCUCAAUGUUUUGUCUCAAUUAUUGGAGGUCCAAAACUAAUAAAUGGACUGGAGCCUUUGAUGCCUGGUAA